GUCAUUCACCGUGCAUGGGAGGUAUUUCAACGCGGGCUGCAUGCUUUUCGGCUCUUGCAUUUCCCCGGACGACUCUCCCUCUUAGGGCGUUCAGGCAGAGUCGAAGGCAUACUCCCCGUUUCCAGAGUCGCACGAUGAAAGAGGUCCAUGUUUCUGUGCAAUAUACUGAGCGUAAAUCCUUCCUGGAUAUGGAUUCUUGCUUCUUUUGCUCUCAGUGACAGGUUCACCAAGCCAAAUUGCGUCUGUCAGUAAUUUUCGCAACGUAAACAUGGAUCCGCUGUCUGUCACAGCUUCAAUCAUCACCCUGAUCGAGGCAUCGGGUAUCCUCACGAAGUCCUUGCAUGGCUUCAUUCAUGGUCUGAAGACGGUGGAUGCCAGGGUCACUAGGCUCUGCGAGGAGCUGAAGAAUCUGACGAACCUGCUGGAAGCAGUGGAAGGAGCCUUGAAAGAUUGCCGAUCCUACGACCUUGCAAAGGUUGAAGAAGACUUGUUGCAACAAAGCGACAUCGCGCUUGCAGACUGCCAGGCUACUCUGAAUGACUUGAAGAUGCUCAUCGAGAAGGUCAAGAAGGCGGCAGGCUCUCGAGCUCUUGGAUGGAAGAUUAAGGCCAUGUUCGAUCUCUCAAUCCAUGGCAAUGAACUAGUGGCAUUCCAAGAGAAGAUUCACAAGUCAAACGGAGCUCUGCAGACGAUAUUUCACACCAUCACUGUGUCGCUUUCUCUCAAGAGUAAAAUGUCCCACACUUUGAUCAUGGACGAAUUAUUCAGAUUGAGACAGUCUAUCGACCGAGCUCAUGAAAUAUCGGCAAAGCCAUCCGAAGUGUUUACGCACAGCUUUAGUCGCCUAUCCGAUGCAAGACUCUCUAGAAAUCUGAAAGCUCUCGCGAAGGCGGCGGAUGGCUUUUACUCUACUGCGAGCUCGUCUGCCGGCACGUCCCGAGGAGAUCGCAGCGAGAGAACCUGGAAACCCUCAUCGUCCGCCGGCUUCAGUGGGCCGGGGCAUCUUUCGUCGUUCAGGCGGGAAAGAAUAGAGCGGUUCAUCAUCGAAGGUCAAACUCGAAACGGAUCCAUGACUCCGCAACUGCUUCCGCAAGUGAAUACUUCUUUCCACAGCCAGUCACCUCCAGAAACUUGUUUCUCGGCAGUCAAAAGUAAUCCUCCAGCUCCGGGUGACGACGAUGAUCUAAAAAGUCUGGAAGUUGUUGCUGGUGGAGACGACAAAGCAGAAGAAGAAGAUGAUGAUGCUGAUGACGAAGCUGCGUUCAGUAGGGAAUAUAUUCUCUGCAUUCGCCAGAUUGCGAUUGAGAGCAUCAAGGCUCGCGACUUCACCAAAGCUGGCGACCUGUUGGAAAAGGCUCUCGCACGAUGCGAGAAAGCUACCGCAGACAACGGAGAGUACUGCCAGAGCAGUUACAUCUCGAUGCGCAGCCUCAAGGUUCAGCUUGCCAUUUGUUACUUUUUCCAAGGCAACUGGAAGUUGGCUGAACCUGUCGUAACGGGCUUGGCUUCUUCCAAGUCCAGCAGAGACAGUGUGGUGUGUAACUUAUUGCAUGCUCUUGCACUUGCGUACUUGUCUGAGUACUCCUUUGACAUAGCUCUCGAUACAUGCAAGCAAGCACUCAGGGGACAUGCACGAUUAUCCAAGCUACGCAAGACGGACGUCAUCAUGCAAGAUUUGAACAACAGUUUGGGGCUAUUGGCUACGACGUAUGAUAUGACUAGCGACUACCUCAGCGCAGAAGUCUUUCGACGCAGGCUCUCGCCGGGAUUCAAAUACCAGCAUCCGGCCAAUGUUGCGGAAUUCCUUCAAAAUCACUCAGACUUUCUCACUGCGGCUCUGGGUCCGUAUACCCUCGACCCGGCUUGUGUGGUUUUACCAGACUCCCCGAUAGGACAGCCCAGUGAGCAGGAUGCCACCACAAGCUCACCAUCUGAACAGGAGGUGUCACAAGUCCGAUGGGAUGGCUGGGGGACCAUCAACCAUCUACCCUCGAAUCUACGACUUAACAUGGCGAACCACCGGCGCCUCGAAGUUGAUACGAGCAAGAUAGUAGUCGCACGUUCGAGAUCGUGCACCAUCGAAGGCCACACAGUCGAAGAGAGCUCGCCGACGGAAACGAUCCUGACGAGUCCUGCAACAACAGCAUCUUCACCUAAUACCUCACCUGAGAGUUCUCCUGUACGUGGUAGAAUCGCUCGUUCAUUCAGUGCCAUGGGGUUGAACAGGUCAAUAGCUAGGGCAGAACCUGGGUUUGGCACCGUUUCCGAGCUCUCCCUGCCUUGUGAUUCUCGCCGACAAAGCACCCGAGAUACCAGACAGCCUCUACGUUCGAACCAAGAGACGUGGAGUGUGAUCGAAACGGAUCAUCCUACAACACUUCCAGUGGCAAGACAUAUAGAAAGGUGGAAAUGGAUAAGAGGGUGGCGGAUACCUCAAUCCGACGGUGUACUCGAUGAGAGAACCCGGCCUGCCAAGCUCCAGAGACGAUCUGCUACUCGAGUUCCGGGGCGAAGUCUAACUGUAGGCGAGUGGUUUACUCCCGCAAAAUGGUUUCGUACUGGUCAAACCGUUCUGAGGCAGGCAAGUUCCUAUCAUCGCGUUGUAGUAGCAGCGGAACCCCGGCGUAUGCCUGCCGGACCAGGAUUCCCAGAACUUAACGGCAAUGCUGUAUCGGAGCUGGGGAUUACUAGUCCCACCCCGGAGCUUGGACACUAUCUGCCGUCGCCUGUCUCAGCUACACCUCAAAGAGUACACUUUUAUGUACCACAGGCUCAGGACAGAUUAGAUAUAACGGCACAUAUGGAAGUUUGUGAGUUGCCAUCGGACAUUUCCAUGUCAGGUGCACUUACGAGCCUCGAGGCCAACACCAGGCAGACGAGGUCGCAAAUGAGCUUGGACCAGUUCAAUACAUGAUGUAUCUGCAAAGGAUGAUGAGGUCUCCUUUCCGGGUUAAGAGCUAAAAACUCCUCCAAACGAUGCGGCGCAUCGAACCAGGGGAGUUUGAAGUUACAUAUCUGUCUACAGUCAUAUACUCGAAGAUUCUUGGAUAAAAGCUCCAUAAUGUGUAUUAAACCUAUAUAUAAUGGCUUCAAAUGCGAGCUGAUAGAGGCGUAAUGCAUUCCUAGCGGUGCCGCAUCGUGAUAUUGAAAGACCAUCAUGGCCCGGAGAACGCCGGGCCCCACCAUGCCGUUGCAGCCCGGCGCGCUGUCUCCACUUUCAUCGGAGGUGGCCCC